AUGAGAGCAGAGUAUCCAGUGUUCAGCUGUGUGUCUCUGAAGAGUGACGGGUCCAGAAGAGAGAAUCCAAACUUCAGUAAUGAACCUGGACCCUCCCACACAAAAGAGAGGAAGAGAGGUCAUGUUUCUGAGGAGGAGCAGUCGUCCUGCUGUGCUUCGUGUCAGGACGUCCUGAAGGAUCCAGUCUCCACCAGCUGUGGACACUGGUUCUGCAGACAGUGCAUCACCUCAUACUGGGACCAGUCUGGUUCUUCAGGAGACUCCUCCUGUCCCCAGUGUGGAAAAAGAUCCAGAACAGGAGCUGGAGCUCAGAUAGCCGCAGAUCCUGGUCUGCAGGAGGUUUCAGAUGAACAUAAGCUCAGUGUGAGGAGGACAUGUGAACAUGUGACUGAAGGAACUGAUGAAACAGGAAGUAGAACCCUCCUCAACAGGAUCUACACUGAGCUUUACAUCACUGAGGGACAGAGUGAAGAGGUUAAUACUCAACAUGAGGUGAGGCAGCUUGAAACGGCUUCCAAGAAGAAGAUCCUCCACGACACUCCCAUCAAGUGCCACGACAUCUUUAAAGCCUCCACUGACCAGCAGAGCAGCAUCAGAGUCGUCCUGACCAACGGAGUCGCUGGCGUUGGAAAAACCUUCUCGGUGCAGAAGUUCACUCUGGACUGGGCAGAGGGUUUAGAAAACCAGGAUGUGGAUCUGCUGGCUGUGCUUUCGUACAGGGAGCUGAACCUGGUGAAGGACCAGCAGCACAGUCUUCUCACGCUGCUCCGUGUUUUCCAUCCAAGCGUUACAGAAGCUCACUGCAGAACGCUCGCUGUCUGUAAACCUUUGUUCAUCUUUGACGGCCUGGAUGAAAGCAGACCUUCUCUGGACUUCAACCACAGGGAGCUUGUGUCUGAGGUCACACAGAGGUCAUCAGUCAACGUGCUGCUGACAAACCUCAUCCGGGGGAAUCUGCUUCCCUCGGCUCUCAUCUGGAUAACCUCCAGACCUGCGGCGGCCAAUCAGAUCCCUCCAACAUUUGUUGACAGGGUCACAGAAGUACGAGGCUUCACUGAGGCCCAGAAGGAGGAGUACUUCAGGAGGAGAUUCAGUGAUGAAGAGCUGUGCAGCAGAAUCAUCUCACACAUCAAGAUGUCAAGGAGCCUCCACAUCAUGUGUCAAAUCCCAGUCUUCUGCUGGAUCAGUGCAACAGUUCUGGAGCACAUGUUGACCACAGACCAGAGAGGAGAGCUGCCCAAGACCCUGACUGACCUGUACUCACACUUCCUGCUGGUUCAGACAAAGAGGAAGAACAAGAAGUACGGUGAGGGACAUGAGACGACUCCACAGCAGCUGACUGAGGCUGACAGGGACGUUCUUCUGAAGCUGGGGAGGCUGGCGUUUAAACAUCUGAGGAAAGGAAACAUCAUGUUCUACCAAGAAGACCUGGAGCAGUGUGGUCUUAAUGUCACAGAGGCCUCGGUGUACUCAGGAGUUUGUACUGAGAUCUUCAGAAGAGAGUGUGUGAUCUUCCAGAAAUCAGUCUACUGCUUUGUUCAUCUGAGCGUUCAGGAGUUUCUGGCUGCAGUCUACAUGUUCCACUGUAACACACACACAGAAGAAGUCAACAACUUCAUGGGAACAAAUGGGAACACAGACAGUACCUCCUCCUUGGAUGACCUCCUGAAGAGAACCAUGGAGAAAUCCCUCACCUGUACAAAUGGUCAUCUGGACCUGUUUGUUCGCUUCCUUCACGGCCUCAGUCUGGAGUCCAACCAGAGAGUCUUAGGAGGCCUGCUGGGUCAGACAGAGAACAAUCCAAAGAUCAUCCAGAGAGUCAUCAACAACCUGAAGGAGAUGGAGAGUGAUGACAUUUCUCCUGACAGAAGCAUCAACAUCUUCCACUGUCUGACUGAGAUGAACGACCACUCAGUUCAUCAGCAGAUGCAACAGUUCCUGACGUCAGAGAACAAAUCAAUGAAGAAACUCUCUGAGAUCCACUGCUCAGCUCUGGCCUACAUGCUGCAGAUGUCAGAGGAGGUUCUGGAUGAGUUGGACCUGAAGAAGUUCAACACAUCAGAACAAGGUCGACUGAGACUGAUCCCAGCUGUGAGGAACUGCAGGAAGGCUCUACUCAUUGGUUGUGGACUCUCAGAGACUCACUGUGAAGUCGUGGCCUCAGCUCUGAAGUCAGACCCCUCUCAUCUGAGAGAACUGGAUCUGAGAGGAAACAAGCUGCAGGAUUCAGGAGUGAAGCUGCUGUGUUCUGGACUGGAGAGUCCAAACUGUCGACUGGAGACUCUGAGGUUGUGGGACUGCAGUCUGUCAGAGAUCAGCUGUUCUUCUCUGGCUUCAGCUCUGAGGUCAAACCCCUCUCAUCUGAGAGAACUGGUUCUGAGUGACAACGACCUGCUGGACUCAGGAGUGAAGGUGCUUCUUGAUCUAAAGCAGAGUCCAACCUGUCGACUGGAGACUCUGAGAUGGAGGGAGUGGUCUUUGUCCGGAGGCUGAAGCAGCAGCAGCUUGUGUGUAGAGCGGCUCUGACUGGGCCUUGUUGCUGGGAGGCAGAGUGGAGACAGAGCUCCAGAGGAAUCAGAGGAGGUGCACUGCUCUGAGAUCAGCUCCACCGUCACACUGUGUCCAGUCCACCAUCCUAUAACCACAUUCUGUGUUUCUGAUCAUUUAUGAGUUAAAAUUCCUGGAUUCAAGUCACAAAUUGAUUUAGCUCUACAAAAAGUUAAACACAUAUUAAUCCCUUUGAGUGUAGGAGCCGUUAAUUAGUAACACUAAUAAGUAACACUAAUAAGUUAAAGAAAGAUAUUAUUAUUAUUUUGUUUGUUAUGAUAUGAGAUGUAAUGGGUUUGUAUUUUAGGGUUAUUAUUUCGUGAACUUGUUGUUUAUUGUUUACUUCCUAUCCUAUUCAUUUGGAUAUUGGUCAUAAGGAUAGGGGCGGGAGUCAUAGUUGAUUUUAGCACCAGUUCACCGGUUUAGGAAGAAAAGAGUGUGAGUGGGGACGCUGUAUUAUUUGUUGAUCUUCUUUUUUCCAUUUGAUAGAUUUAAUCUAUGAGUUUGAAAAUGGACAAUCAAAUGGAUCUU